GCAUCAAAUUAUUAUUUGCUCCACACAGUCAGAAUCUCAAAACACAAACAUUUAUGUCCACAAGGGAUACAUGCGUGGAUUUUUAUUAUUAACAAAACGUACAUCGCAGUCUCAUUAAUCAUUUUUGAUACAAUACUAUUUUGGUUAACAAUUACAUAAUAGAUAUCGGUGACUUUUUUUGUCGAAAGAAAUACCGUAAAGUUAUCGCAUUAAAAUAUAUCAUAUAUUAAUGUAUGGUUGGUAGUGUUGUCUGUUAUAGCGUAUUCACGGGGCCUUUUGUCGCGUAGUUAUUUGUCGGGCGGUUUUUUAACUUUAUUUACAUAAUAUUAUCAAAUGUGAACCUAAAAAUUCUGUUAUUCUAGUAUUGCAUGAUGGUAUUUUGUCGAAUCUCGAAUGGCUCUUUGUCGUUAUCCGGUGUCUUUAUGUCGGUUGGUGGCUUUAUGGGUGUCACCAAACUGGAUACAUAGAAAAAAGUGGGGAUGCGCUUAAUAAACUAAAACUCGAUCGUAAACUGACACACCUAUCGGUUUUAAUAUUCAAGAGUGAAUAAAAAUAUCAUACUCAUAAACAAAACAAUACAAUUACCCACCUGUUGACUGUUGUUAGCUAAUUUUAAUGCACCAUGAUUAACGUUUAAAAAUUUGUUUUGUAAUUUUUUUUUUUAAGUAUGAAUAUAUUAAUCAAAUUUACGUUAACUGCAUUUUGUUUAGCUUCAUGUAAGUAAAAUAUUAUAUUUUAAUUGAAAUUUCAGUGAUUGAAAAUAUUUUAUAAAGGUGUGCCAUCUAUAUGCUUCCUUUUUUAUUCAAUUAGUUCGGUUCUUACCUAUUAAGAUUUUCAUCAUAAUUUUUAUAAUGAAUAAUUUAUGAACAUGGAUUUAAUGUUGAACCUAGUUACUUCUUAUUAGCAAUAUAUUUUUGUUCUAGUUUGUGGAAGUUAUGAACUUAACAAGAAAAAUUCACAAUGCAAAAUACCAUUGGUAAUCCGAGGGCAAUGGUAUUCUUGGGAAAAUGGCCAUAGUACAAUAACAGAAAUUGAUGCGACAAGCAUGUCUCAAAGAGGCGAAUGCAUUAGAUCAAUGGAAGAAAAUCAAGUGAAUUUCACAUUUGUUUUCCAACAAAAUAAUGAUGACUGUUAUACUUGUGUUAAAUUCAUGGUACGAACUGUCAAUGUAUUGGAUAAAAUGGAGAGUAAGUUAUUAAAAAUAAUAAAUCUAGAAUAUAUUUAAAUAAAAAAAAAAAAUAUUCUAGGUGUUUGUAUGACAUUAAAUCCCAAUGAGAAAGAAUCUCCUGAUAAAAUAUGUCAAUUUCAAGACACCCAAUUAAUUACAUUGUUUUCGGAGAAUUAUAUACCAGUAAACUGUCGUUCGAGUCUUGAAGGUGUAUGGCAAUUUGCAUACCAGGUAAUAUUUUUAAUGUUUCUGUUUCAAGUUGAGAUUUAUUAUUUAUUAAUUAGUUGAAUUUGUUUUUAAUAAUAAUAAUAUUAUUAUUAUUUUUUAAAAAUUAACAAUUAUUCAAAUGCUAACUCUAAAUUUUAAUUUUUAGAACCGUUUUCGUUUCACUGGUGAAUGUAAUCAUCCUGAAGCUCAAAUAAAAUCUUGUCAGACUGCUGGAACACAAUUUUUAAUAACUAAUCAAAAAUUUAAUAUAACAUAUAAACAUUGUCCGGGUAUGGAAGGGACAUUUGACGGAGGUAAGUUUAUUAAAAUAAUGUUAUGUAAUACAUUGUCAUAAUUUGCCCUUUUAUUUGUCAGUUGUGGAGUACAGUUGCUUAGGAGAUUGGUUUGUUGACAAAAAUCAUUUCUUUGCUGUAGCCAAUACUAAAGAAUCUCGUAAAGAUGAGAAAUAUCGAUGUUUCUUAAAAAAUCGGGAUGAUGACCUGUACAUUGGUUCAUCAAUAACAGCAGAGUGCAAUACACUUCAGACAGUAGAAAAGAGUCCAGAAAGAUUACAUAUCAAUCCUGGUAAUAUUAAUUAAUUAUUAAAUUUGUUGUAAAUAUUCGAUAAAUCAAUCCAUACUAUAAGUGUGUAUUAUUAUUUAUAAUUAAUCUUGCAAAUUAUUCGUGGACGAAAUAAUCUUGGAUUAAUUUAAUCUAGUGUGUUUCACUUAAAUGGUAACACGAAAAAUAUUUCUGUUCAGUGACCUCGGAUUGAAAUAAAAUUUUCAAGAGAAGAUAGAAAAUACUGAAAUACACAUUUUGUAUGGAUUUUCAAAUUUCUUACUCUUUUAGUGUUCACAUGCGCAUUAAAAAUAGAACUUGCAUUUUUUUAAUGGAAACGCCUAUUUCCAACACUUGAUUUGGAUAAAUUAUUAUUCUUUAAGUAACUUAAAUAAACUUUUCCCUUUUUUAAAAAAUUGAACGAAAUAAACCUAGUUAAAGUUGAAACAAAAUUAUUUUAUUAUUAUUAAAUUUAUUUUAUUUUAAACAAUUUAUUACAUAAAAUACUCAUCAGUCAUCAUUUUCUUAUAAAUUCUAGUUAUUAUCAGAUGAACCUUCCAAGCUAUCGGUCCAUAUGUCCUCAUCCAACAAUUUUCAAAUGUGCUACAUGAGUAUUGUCUUACAAUAAUACUAUUGUGCGCAGAAGCACCAUUUUGUUGAAAAAAUAAGUUUUCUCUAAUAUCUAAUGGAACACUCUCUAAAAAUGGUGGUAAAUGGUUAGAGAGAAAAUCCAAAUAUCUCCUUACAUUUAAUGUUCCAUCAUAAAAAUACGAUUCUAUUAAUGAACCUCCAAUUAAUUCACACCAUACAUGAUAGUUUGGCUGGUGUGUUCAUCUGUUUUAAUGGCUCUAGAUUUUUUUCUUUAUGGACAUUUAAAAACUGUAGUUUAUGCUAACCCAUUAAUUAGUCUCUAGCAUUUAAAUCAAAAAAAUCGCUGAAGCUGUGAGCAUACAACUGACAAACAAACAAAUUAUGGCAUCUACUCAAGAUGAAAUCAUGUUUAGAAGCAUGUAUACAACAUAACUGACAAAACUUCAAAUAAUUUAUGAGAUAAUGAUGAUUGAUGAGUUUUUUUUAUAAUAUAUUGUUUAAAAUAAAAUAAAUUUAAUAAUAAGAUACUGGUUUGUUACAGCCCCACGGUGGCGAGUGAAAACUUUAUAGCUUCGCCACUCAGGUUUAUUAUCGCCCACCAUCCAUGUAACAAUAAAUACACCUUAUAAAUAUAAAAUAAUUUGAUGAAAAAUAUGUACCAUAACUAUUAGGUGCCUACCAUAGGUUUUUAUCACAAAUAAUCAAUAAUAUAAUAAUAUAAUAAACUAAUAUAAAAAUAAUGAGUUUAUUUAUUGAUAUUUAUUAAUCUAAAUCUAAUAACUCAACGAUAUAUUGAUAUAAUAUCAUGGAAAACAUUAACAUUUUUAAACUUAUAUCAUUAUUUUAUAUUUAUUAUUAUUACAUUUUUUAAUAUUAAUUAUUUUAAAUAUUAUAUCAACAUAUCGUCGAAUUAUUAAAUUAAUAAAUAUCAAUAAAUAAACUAAUUAUUUUCUACAUUGGUUUAUUAUAUUAUUGAUUUUAUUUGUGAUAAACACCUAUUGUAGGCAAUAAUAAUAGUAAUAGUACGUAUUUAUAGUUACAUAUUUUUACAUCAAAUUAUUUCACAUAUAUGCAAUGUAUUUAUUGUUAAAAUGGAUCACUUAACAAACCUGAGCGGCGAGUCUAUAAAGAUUUUAUACGCUGCGGCGGAGCUAUAACAAACCAGUAUCAAUAAAGAUAAAAUAAUUUUGUUUCAACUUUAACUAGCUGUAUUUCGACUAAUUUUCGAGAUAAUGGAAAAAGUCUAAUUAUUUAAGUUGCUUAAAUAAUAAGUAAUAAGAAAUAGGUGUUAAUAUUUUAACAUUAAAAGGCUAAAAAAUUUAAAAAUCCAUACAAAAUGUGUAGUUCAGUAAUUCCUAUCUUCUCUUGAAAAAACCCCAUUUCAAUUCGAAAUCAUUGGACAGAAAUAAUUUUUGUUACCAUUUGAGUGAAACACUAUAUAUUUGUUUUAAUCGUUUAUUAUUAGACAUAACAUAAAAAUACAUUUGGGGAUUAAUUUAUGAUACUCUGAGUUAUUGUUUUUUUUUUUAUUUUUUUUAGAAAGAUUUAGGCCCAUUUUGCUGAAUCCCAUCUCACCGAAACCCAUCUUGUCGAAUCAUAAUAUUUAUUAUACCAUAACUAAAUUUUGUUCGUUUUGUGUUAAAUAAAUAAAAAAUUAAUAUAUCAUUUUACAUAUUUAAUAAAAAUAUAUAAACAUUCGUCAAUAUAAAAUAAGAAUGAUAAUUGUUAGGCAGGUACUACAUAUUUACUGAUUAUAUAAAUAUUUUAGUUUUAAUCAAGAUGAAUGUGGUAGAUAAUUUUUUCUAGAUAUGUCAUGAUUGUUAUUUGAUUAUUUCCAAAUCUGAAUUAAAAUAUACAUUUCAGGUAUUAAUAUAUUGAAUUGUAUGAUUAAUUAAUUAGUAUUUACUACUCUUUUGCUGUCUAUAAUCUGUCUUCUAAUGUUUUAUAUUUUUUCUUAUUUUUGGAGCUUGGUUACAUUUUUUUUUUUUGGGCAGUAUCAAGCUCAAAAUUUUGUUUUUGGUUUUUUAAUUUUUCAAUAAAAAUAAAAAUGUUUGAAUGUGGGUGACAUAUAGUCUUGUUAAGAGCUGCAUGCCAACCUCCGAGGUGGUUAAUUGCCCUUAUAGUGUUUUAUAGUGGUUCCAUAAUCCAUAUGCUACAUAUAAUACAUAGACAAAGUAAAAAGCUGGGCUUUUUUGGCAUAAUGGAAUUUGGCUAAAUAGGAUUUUUUAUCAAACAGCAUAAAACUGGUUUUUUUUGUCCACAAAAUGGGACUAUACAGUUAAAACUUGUGUACCCUAGUACAAGCUAUGUUUUUGGGAGAGAGCAACAAUAUAUUUAUUAUACUAAUGUAUAAUUAUAUCAAUUUAUUUGUACAGUAAAAGCUGAAGUUGUUGAGCCUGGUUGUCGAUUACCCCAGAAUUUUAGUGGAGACUGGGUAAAUACAGCCAAUAUGGACGCUGAUGUAUUUGUUAAUGAAACUCAUAUAAUUGAAACAUGGUAUCCAGAUGAAGCACGAUUUAGGCGAACCAUAUAUGUGUGUCGUGAACAGAGAGGAUCUCGUUACAUGAUGGCUAGACUUACAGUCGAUGGCUGGUAUGAUGUAUAUUUAUAUUUUAUAUUUUAUUAUUAUUAUUAUUGUUAUCUAAUAUCAAAUAUAUUAUUUUAAAUUUAGUCAAAAAGAUUAUGUAUGUUUCGAUUUUGUACCUCGUCAUCAUAAUAUAAUCCGUUAUAGGAGAGGUCUAGCCUUUAUAAAAGAUAAUUUCCAUACAGUGUGCUCAUGGGUACAAUUUCCGAACAAAAAUAGUUGGAAGUAUGAUAUUUUUGUCUGUAAGUACAUUUUGAUUUUUGAAUAAAUAAAUAUUAAAGCUUACAAUUAUAUUUUCAGCCAAAAAUCCUGUUCCAAUAAGAUGUCCAGUUGCGGGUAAAUUCAAUUUUACUCAAAAAGGUGAUUUUUUGUUUGAAACUCGUAUUCUUGGUGGUGUUACACUAUCACCUCGUCCACAAAUUACAUGCAAGGAUAAAAUAUCAGAUUUUGCUGCUUGUGAUGGUGAUCAAAAAGAAAUUACUAUUGACGAAACAUUCUGUCUUGAUGUGGAUCAUCGUGGACAGCCUAUUGACAUUUAUAGUGAUCCAGAUUACCGAUUGCAAUGCAUUGGUUAUUGGAAGGAAAACUUAAAGUCAUAUUUAAUAACAUAUGAUCCUCUUGAUGCUGCUAGUAUUUACAGAUGCUGGGUAUACCAACGAGCUGAUCUUAACCGUGUACUGAUGUCACAAGCUAUAGGAUCCUUUUGUGAUCUUAAACAAGAUGCAUUUAGUAGUAAUUAUACAGAAGGAGCAACUGUUGCUGUUGAAAUGACAGAAUAUGAACGUGAACGUAUGUACUUUACUAAUAAUACAUUGUAUGUAUAAUACAUUUUAUUGUCUAAAUGAUAUUUUGUUCUAUAAUAAUUUUGAAUCUUUCUUUUAAACAUAUUUACAGGAAAUUAUAGAAUUUAUCAUAGUGGUAAAAAUAAAAAAUUUAUAAUUUUAUACUUUAUAUUAUAAAUAAAUAAAUAUGGUACAAUUAAAAUAAAAUAAUAAUUUAUAGGUUUUAGUUUUAAUUCAAAUUUGUAUGACUUUAUAUUAUUUAUUUAAAUGGCAUAGUAUUUAUAGUUAGAGAAUGGAAUAUACAGAACAAAUAGGGAAAUCAAAUUAAUCUAUCAAAAAAUUAGUAUCAAUUCUCUCCUAAAUGGAGAUCAAGCAGCCUUUUGAAGAAAUUUUUGUUGGGAAGUUAAAUGGGAAAAGACCAAGGGGCCUUAGACAAUGUUGGGCAGACAGUAAAUGAUGAUUGAAUCAAAUGUAAAAGUAAAAAUAGAAUAUAUUAUUGAUAAAGAAGUGUAGUUAAUCUAUUGAGGAGCUUUACAAGAACUAAGAACUUUAGAUAAAUAAUUUGUUUAUGUUUCAAAUUAAAGAAAUAAUGACACUGUCUUAUAAAAUAUUUAUGUAGAUAAUUACUUAAGGAAUUAAAAAUGUAAUAAUAGCAUGAUAUAGGACUUAAAUAUGAUGCAAUAAUAGUAUUUAAAGUAUGAAUGAUUGAAAACAAUAAAUUGCUUAUGUGAAUUAUACUAUUUUCUGUGUAAAAACUAUAAAAGUUUACCAAAAUAAAAAUAUCUAAGUUUUUUGAACCUUUAACAGUAAUAUUAAAUUUUUUUUUAUUUGUAUUACAGGGGAUCAAUGUCCAAUGUAUUUUGAUGAUGGAGCAAAUCCAUGGGUCCAUUCAGAUAAUUAUAUACAAGUAUUUAAAUAUGGCCGAUCUUCAACAUUGAUUGUUUCAUCAAGUUUGCUUUUAGUAUCUAUUAUAUUUACUAUUCUGUUGUAAACAUUAUAAUUAAUGAUACAUGAGAUCAUCAAAUACUAUAUUAUGACUAAAAACCGGAUUUAAUUACAUUUAAAACACGUCAAAAUUAAUUAUUAAAAUUAUAUAAUUGCACUACAAAAAUGCAAGUUAUAUAAAAAAAAUCAAAUAAAUGUUACUUUUUUAAAUUAAAAUUGAUAAUUAGAUACAUUUUUAAAUUAUUUUCAUUAAAAUUAAAUCUCCCAUUACUUAAAAUAUAUAUAAAUUUACAAUACUUAUAUAUCGGUUAUAUAUUUAAUCAGAUCUGAUUUAUCUUUAUUGCAAAAAAAGUUGCAAUAUCAAUUAAAUCCGGUCUUUAAUCAUGACAAUACCGGAUCAUUAGCAUUAAUAAAUUAUAAAUAAAUAAUACACAACAGUUUUUUUUUUUUUUUAUGAUAAUAUUGCCAAAAUCAAAUUAAAUUUGGGUUUGUUGAUUUGAUUAUAAUAUAGUAUUUGCUGAGCUACAAUUUAUUGAUAAUAGUUUCAAUGUACAACCAUUACCUAUAUAAUGGUUCAUAAAAAAUGAAAUUUGAAAAAAUAUGUUUUCUCAUCAAUAAAUUACAAUAAGGCAAUUAAUUUAUUAUUAUUCUAAUAAGAUAAAAACCACAAUGUAAUACAGUAAAACCUUAAUAAGAUUGGAUUGCUUGGGAUCAACCAAUUUGUCUGUCUUAACAGGAUUUCUAGUUUGAUGAGAUUCACAAAAUAGAAAUUGUUUUCUUUUCAAGGAUUUACUGUACAGCUUACCAUUUAUAUUGGUAAAUUUUAAAAUCUCUUAGUUUUAAUUAUUAUCUAAUUUCUUAUGUCAUCUCAUAUACUUAAUAUAUAUAUUUUUUUAAUUUUUAUACAUUAUUAUGAACAAAAUAUUUUGAUUUUUAACUUUUGAUAAUUUUCUAAUGUUAAAACUAUUAGAAUUAUCUUAAAUCAUGAUGCGUAUUUUGGCAAUGCAGUUUUGAACAACCAUAUUAAACUUGCUACUUUGGUGAUAUUUUUUACUGCAAUUGUUUAAUAACUGAAUGCAUUUAUCAAUAACCAGGUGGCUGAAAUCGUCAUUCAAUUAGAAAUUAAGUUUACUGUUUUUGUUUAUUGAUUAUAUAUUGGUAAAACACUGUACUAAAAACCUGCACUGCCAUUAUUAAAAAUCGACAAUUACCGUAAAAACUUACUUAAAUAUAUAGAUCAAUAUAUUUUGUAUAAAUAGUAAAUAUUUUAUAUUUUGAUGCUGUCCAUUACUUCAAGUAAUUUAAUUGUAUAAUAUUCAAAUGUGAAAUAAACUGUACAUUUUUCAAAUUAUUUAUAAUGCUGUUAUUUUUUUAAAUAUUCAACCUACCUACUGUUUAUAGUUUUAACUUUAAAAUAAGUUGUCAUUUUAGAUUCUGAGAGUAACAAAUAAUGUAUUGGUUUUAGUAGUUUUACAAAGAUGGUUUUUU